AUGUACACUAAUUACGAUGGAAUUCCAACUCGCUACCACGGUCUCGCCUACUCCAAACUGCGUAUCAAUGACCACACUCUAGACGAACAUCUAGCACCAUCUUCAUUCGGCUCUUUCCACUCUUGGGCUCACCCGAGUGCUUCACAGGAUCUAGGAGCUCUGGAUCGUCUUCCACUCGAACUUCUACACGAGACAUUGCUCCACCUCGACAUUCGCACACUCUUCGAUCUUCGAAAUGUCAAUCGUCGGGCCUUGGAGCUGGUUGAUUCUGUCCCCCAAUUCAAAGCCAUUAUUACACACGCUCCCAAUGCCCUACGUGGGUUACUACAAAUCGGUACUGGCAGAUGGACUACGAUCAAGGUUUUACACACAAGGCUGUGUACACCAGAGUGCGAGCAUUGCGGCGAUUUUGGUGGAUACCUCUAUCUCAUGACAAGCAGACGCGUUUGCUUUCUGUGUCUGACGCAAUUAAGACAGUAUCUCCCGCUGCGGAUUCGCAACGCCAAGCGAGAUUUUCGAUUGGACAAAGCAACCGUGGAAAGAUUGCCUAGUAUGCGGGUGAUACCUGGUCGAUAUUCACCAAAUGAGAAACUCGCUCCCUGUACUGUGCUUGUUGACUACGAGUCUGCUUUUUGCGCCGGUAUCGAGCGUGAUGGGUCUGAAAGUGCUUUGCAGAAGCAUGCGUCAGAUACGGUUGAGCAAAAUCUUGGGAAUUCCGGUACAGGUACGACGGCAACAGCACAUCAGUCAACAUCGAUGAUGGGUCGAAUACACGAUUUUCGAACUCCACCGAUCGAUGCACGCUCGGGAAAUCCGCUACGAUUCGUCGCUGUAGUCCAUAUGCCAUGGUUCAAUAAUCAGUCCAAAGAGGUGGAUUGGGGCUUUCACUGCCUUGGCUGCAAGGAAUCCGGUCGCGCCCCCUUUCACUACCGGCGGCGAUUUUGGGCAGCAUCAUUUGAUGAGCACAUAAAGCAAUGCGGGACUAUUAGAAAUGGCAGGCACGUCACCGUCGAUCCAGAUGGCGACAGCGAAUUCAGAAUCUUGGUCGACAACAUAUCCGUCAAAUACAUCACGAUAGACGCAGGUAUUUUUGGGCUUGAUGAGAUAUGUUUUAGUCCUUUGUUGAUCAGUCUAUUGCCCCCUCUUCCUCCAGGUAAAUGGAUCCAAGCACGUCUUGGCCGCGAUCCUCUAACCAGCCUUGCUCGCUUCACCCUCGCCCCAGAAACAACACUCCCCGGGAUAACGAGCAUCUGGCACCCGAUUCGUGUCAAUCAUCUAGACGUCCAAUUCGGCGAAAAACUGCAUUCAAACGUGUACGAGGCCACAUCUGAGCGAUUCCCUGGCAAAGUGGCCGUUGCCAAAUUCGCCCGCUUUCCCUGGGAAAUCCCUCGGCUUCCGACAGAGACGGCGGUAUACGAACGUAUAGACGGCUACCAAAUCGGUCCAGAGUUUCUCGCUCACUUGACAGAGGGGACAAGGGUCAUUGGCUUCCUCCUCGCUUGCGUCUCCGACUGCCGACCCGCCGCUUCACAAGACUACAAGGCUUGUCGAUCAGCAUUGGCAAAGUUGCACGCGCUUGCCAUCAAACACGGAGACGUCAACAGGCACAAUUUCCUCAUCGAUUCAGACUCCAUCAUGCUCAUUGAUUUUGUGGAUUCCUCGCUGACCCCAGACACGGGCGAACUGCAAGAGGAACUCGAGUGCUUGCAAGAUUCCCUACUUGAUGCUUCUGACAGAGGGGGGCAGACGCGUUGGGCUGGCCACCGGCCUUAG